AUGUCUUAUUCGGCGGCGGAAAAGCAGCGGGUCUUUCUCGCGUGCAGGCCGAUCUUCGCCGGCUUCCACGCAGGUCUUCGGAAGCUGAAAAUCAUCGAAAAGCGUAUCGCGGAUCAUGAAGCCUUGGUUCGCCCGAUGCUCCCUGGAUUUAAUCUGAAGAGGACUGCAGUUAUUGCCAAAGACCUGCUGCAGAGAGAGGUGUUUCAGCUCGACAUGAAAGCCCGAGUGGAGUUUCCAGACCUGUAUGUCUCCUCGCCAGCAAAGGAAGUCCAACACGAUGCAUUUGAAGACGAAGCUGCCCGAUCCGUCGCUGAAAUCUUGGAUGACAUCGCGUCUACCUAUGAGCGAGACGAGGCGCAGGAUAUGCAGGAAACAACCCCUGCCCCAAUGCCGGCUGCGGCGCAGCAGCCCCCUCCUGUGGCAGAUGUAGGCUCCCAUGCCACCAUCUCUCCUGGUAAGGCCUCAUCCACUGGCUCCGCACACUCCCCGCUGACAAUCCUCUGCACAGCCACAGAAAAGACGCUGACACCAGAGCCGCAAGCGACGUCACCGUAUCCGUCGCUAUAUCCCUUGUAUUUUCCCUAUCACGCGCAGCAUUCGAUCUUAUGCGCGGUUCAAAAGACCCUAGAAGAGAGCUGCUUCGACUUCGCGCAAAAAUGGCUGCCAUCGGAGCUGGAAGACCGUGGCUGGGACUGCGCCAUGGCGGUAGAGCUCACCAAGUGGACGAACUUCCUGCCCAGGUGGUCUUCACUGCUCCCUAACGGCUCGCUACAGUUGCAUGGUGCGGAGCUCCACGCAUUAUUGUCAAAGAUUCGUAAGAUACGACAUACUGCCGUGCACCGACUCCCGACAACCGCGCGGGGGAUCGCAUCGUUUGUCGCGUCGGCCACGAAGCUAGUGGAGGCGUUGGGAGAUACGCUGCGUCUGUCGCAGCUGGAGGAGCUUCACGCGGACAUACAGGAGAAGAUCAAGAUCAUGGAUUUGACGAAGAACGCCCUCGAAGAUCAGCUGUCGCGGGACUUGCGAGCCAUCCAGCUGCGACGGGAGGAACUAGAUCGACAGGAAGAGUUGCUGAGGCUCCAGACGGUGAGGAAUGACAGAGAGAAUAAAGCUCUGAUGGGGGUUUUGGUAGAGGAAUAUAUCGAGGGUCCUUUCCACUGUAGGAUAGUGGAUGAUUCGGGUUUCGCCACGGCAGACGAAGGGGAAGACGACUAG